AUGGCAGUACUGGUGUCUAACGGGGGAGGGGGUUUGACCAUUCGACCCAAGAAAGGCCCAGUCGGGCUGUGGGGACGCUCGGUCGUUGCUUUCCGUCACUCUACACCUUUGGACAGGGGGGUCUCGGGUGGAUGGUCAGGCUGGCCUUCACAGCGCGUGAAUUGGCGACACGGACCUAUAGCCUGGCAUCGGAUAAUAACAGAGGUUCCUGGGGCGAAACGGAUUGUGCCAUUUUCGCCCUCGGGAUUCAGAGCCUCCUGGACAAGGGGGGAGGUCGAUCAAACCUGUGCAAUCUUUGUAUUUUAUGAACUGGGCUGCGGGGCAAAGUCCUGA